UUUUGGGCGUUUUGGUGUUAUUUUCUGUGGGGGGGUUAGAUUUGAGGGACGGAGAGGUCGAGAGAGACGAGAGGCCCCCCGUCCUUCGAUCGCCUCUUCCCCAUCUCCGCGCCGAUUCCCCUUUCUCCUUCCUCUGCAAAUCCUGCAAUCGCCGCAAUCUCCUCUCCUUCUCCCUCCCUCUCUUUCUCGGUCUCACUCCAAUUCGAGGUCGGGUUUGGACAAACAAAGCUGUUGCCUCGCCAGUGAGUCGGAGAAGGGAGCUGAUAGAGAAAGUUACAGGCUGUAUUCUGCUCGAGAUUUUACCUUUGAGAGUUUCUUAGGUUAGAUGGCAUGCAAUUCGCGGUUAUAGCCUUUAGGAAAUUCCUCCUUGAGCAAGUUAUUUGAUUGUUGCGAUGUGGAAGUUUACGUCAAAUGUCAUUUCAAGCAUCGGAUUGAAAAAAAGCUCUAGUGAGCCAACUCGAGUAUGUCAGGAGUGCUCAGAUGAUGAGGUUGCUUCAAAUGUGAGCAGGGAUGAAGGCUUGGAAUGCCCUAUAUGCUGGGAGUCAUUCAAUAUUGUCGAGAAUGUGCCGUAUGUCCUAUUGUGUGGCCAUACACUCUGCAAGAACUGUGUCCUCGCCCUUCAAUCAGCUCUUUUGAAUUUUCCGGGACAACAAAUUAAGAUACCCUUUCUCAUUUCCUGUCCCUGGUGCCACUUGUUGUCGUUGAGGUGGAUUCAUAGGGGGAACCUAAAGUUCCCUCGCAAGAACUUCUUCCUUCUUUGGAUGGUCGAGAGCUUGAAUGGGGACCGGACCAAGUUUGCUUCCAGUUUAUCUCUUGAACAUCAAUCAGUUAGCUCUCCAAGGCGCAAUCUACCUCUUGGAAAUCGAUCUGGCAACGGUAGCCUCAGAAGGCAGCCAAGUUCUCGAAAUUCCGGGCAAUUGUCCCAGAUGGAAAAUGUCAGCCGCAGUUCCAAUGGGCAGCAUUCCCCUUUCCCUAAAUCUCUGGAUAUAUUCAUUGACAUUAUGUCUAAGUUCCCAUUGGUUAUCGUGUUUCUCCUGAUUCUGUUUUUUGUGCUGCCCAGUUGCGCUGUCAUCUUGCUCCUGUAUCUUCUGCUCACCAUUCUUUUUGCAAUACCCUCGUUUUUGGUAUUGUACUUUGCAUACCCCGUUUUGGGAUGGCUAGUGAAGGAGAUAACAUCGUGAGAUUUAGGUUUUCAAUCACAAAGCCUGGGAUCCUGCCUGUUCAAGAUGUGAUGUAGCUGGCUGUUUUCUCUGCAGUGGCCAUGCGAAUUGAUUCAGGUUGUUGCUUCACCUAUUUGAGUAGCUUUUUAUAGAGUGGAAGUUUGAGGUGUUUCUUGGAAAUGUAUCUAUUGCAUUUGGGAAGAGGUUGAUAUUUAUUUCAAUGGCAUUGAUUGCACUAAGCAGCUGGUGGUACAAUCUAAGUCUGUUAUAUGUUGAUGUACAUUAGGUGCAAUAAGGGUAUCCAAAAGGUCGUUCACUUUCUUGGUGGCCAUGAUGGAGAUAUAGCUAGGGACAGCACUUGUAUGGAUGUUUUAUUGCAACUUCUCUGCAUAUUGCGCUGGCUAUGCCGCAAUUUUUGUUCUA